AUGGUUGAUCAACUUCAAAAAAGGAAAGGAAAGGAACCACGAAGACAACCAAGGAGGCUGUCUUCGAUAGAGGGUGGCGAGGGGUUGCUCCGUUGCAUCUACUUAAAGGCUUACAGGAUGAUUGGAUCUUUUCUUACUAGAGCACUUGUAAUGGUGUUUGGCUAUGCAUAUCCAGCCUAUGAAUGCUUCAAAUCAGUUGAAAAGAAUAAACCUGACAUCGAUCAACUCCGCUUUUGGUGCCAAUACUGGAUCUUGGUUGCUGUAUUAACUGUUUCUGAACGAAUUGGUGACACAUUUAUUUCAUGGGUUCCAAUGUAUAGUGAAGCAAAGUUGGCGUUUUUCAUAUACUUGUGGUACCCCAAAACAAAGGGUACAGGAUAUGUAUAUGAUUCGUUUUUUAGACCAUAUAUUUCAAAGCAUGAAAGAGAGAUUGACAGGAGUUUAAUGGAACUAAGAACAAUGGCUGUAGAUGCUGCAGUUUUAUACUGGCAAAGGGCUGCAAAUUAUAUCCAAACAAAAACUUUUGAUAUUCUUCAAUAUGUUGCUUCACAAUCAACACCAAAACCUCAACCUGAUAAUAGUACACGUCAGCAUGAUUUGAAUCUUAAAGCACAAAAGGUAGUAGCUCAUGAGGAAACCAAAGAGCCAUCAUCUCCUGUUGCCAGCUCAUCAUCAUCAUCAGGUUCAAAUACAGGUACAGAUACAGGUGAAACAGAGAAACCGGAUGCAGGGCCCACACAAGACCCUCCAUUGCCGGAUUCUGAUGUUUUGACAAAAGAAAAAGAAAGUAAAAAAGAAAUUGUGAUGGAAGAGGCUAAGGAGAGUGUGAGGGUGACACGUGCUAGGUUAAGGAAAGCAACAUCGCUUCAGUGAAUGUGGGAGAUGAUGAUAAUAAUAAUAAGUCUUAUCUUUUUCUAAAUAUAUACGUUUGGAAAAUGGGAGUUGGAUAUUGAUGUAUUAUUG